CCUAACCCAGGCAAGACCAUGGGAAAGUUCAUUCUCAGUCCUGGCCUCAUCUACGCCAACGCACUGGAGCAGGCAGCCUGUUCCAUGGAGAUGGCCGUAAUCAGCGCUCGAAACGCUGCACUGAUUAUCCACACGGAGACUUCAGACAAGAAGGAGUAA